GCGGAGUCCCAGCGGUCCCUGGGCGAAGCUAGUAUAGCAACGCAGUCAACCCGGUUCCCAAAACGCGGAGCUAGGUGAUCGCCCUUGAGGACUACAAUUCCCAGGAGGCCGCACGGCAGCCACGUCGGCGUCGGCUGCGCAUACGUCAUCAGCGGAGGGCGUAUCGGGGGGCGUGUCCUACGCGCCGAUUGGUCGAGAAGGAGCGCCGCUGCGGGGCCCGCGGAAAACGCGCGGCGAGACUUGCGUCUGCGGUCCUGGUUCAAGGCGGCCAGUGGCGGGGGCCGAGGCGACAUGGAUCUCAGCGAGCUGGAGAAAGACAAUACGGGCCGCUGUCGCCUGAAGUCGCCUGUGCCCGCGGUGUGCCGCAAGGAGCCCUGCGUCCUGGGAGUCGAUGAAGCGGGCCGGGGCCCCGUGCUCGGUCCCAUGGUCUACGCCAUCUGUUACUGCCCUCUGUCCCGACUGGCCGAUCUGGAAGCCCUGAAAGUGGCAGGUGUUCGUGGACACCGUGGGACUGCCAGACACCUACCAGGAGCGGCUGCAGCAGCGCUUCCCCGGGAUCGAGGUGACAGUGAAGGCCAAAGCCGACGCCCUGUUCCCCGUGGUCAGUGCCGCCAGCAUCUGCGCCAAGGUGGCUCGCGACCAGGCCGUGAAGAACUGGCAGUUUGUGGAAGAGCUGCAGGAUUUGGAUGUCGAUUAUGGCUCGGGCUACCCCAAUGAUCCCAAGACGAAAUCGUGGCUGAAGAAGCACGUGGAUCCCGUGUUCGGCUUCCCCCAGUUCGUCCGGUUCAGCUGGCGCACGGCCCAGGCCAUCCUGGAGAAGGAGGCGGAAGCUGUUACUUGGGAAGACUCGUCACCCGAGGAGCAGGAAGGACCCGGGAGGAUCACCUCCUACUUCUUCCAGGAAGGCCCUCGCACCCGCCCCCGCCCUCUCCACCGUUACUUCCAGGAGCGUGGCCUGGAGUCAGCCACCACCCUGUAGGGGCCAGCCUGGACCCCUCCACCACCCCCACACCCUCUUUCCUCCUGGCCCCCCAACAGCAAUUAAAGUUCAGGGAGGGACCAAGCCAAGGGAUCGUGCUUUGGGGGCAGAGGUGGUCAGAAGCUUUCGGUUCAGCUGGGCCAAGUGCCCAGAGCUGCUGCUUUUUGGAACUGGAACUGAAUGGUCAGUGGCUUUGCGGUCUCCAGUCUCGGGCUCCUUUGGACUCUAGGCAUGUACCACCAUGCCUGACCUUUAGGUUGGAUUAUUAUUUUUUUUAGUUUUUCUUUAGGACGCUUAUCAGAGAAAGACAGAGACACAGAGGGAAGGUGUGAAAUCACCUGCUUGGGGGCCUUACUGCAGCCCCUUCGCCAUGCUCCCUUCAGGAUUUUGGCCACACCCACAUAUGUGCCUGGCAUG